CUUUAAUACACUGUACGUACCUUGCUAUAUAGUACCCCCCAACUCAACUCUGCCCAGGAAAAAGGCAAAGAGCAAAGCUUAUUAGGGUUUCCAAGUUUCUCUCAGAGAUCGCAGCAGCGACAGCCAUGGGUGGAGGCAACGGCCAGAAGGCUAAGAUGGCUCGUGAAAAGAACAUGGAGAAAAUGAAAGGCGCCAAGGGAAGUCAGCUUGAUUCCAACAAGAAGGCCAUGACCAUCCAGUGCAAGGUAUGCAUGCAGACAUUCAUUUGCACCACAUCAGAGGUGAAGUGCAAAGAACAUGCUGAAGCAAAACACCCCAAAGCCGAGCUUUCCGCAUGUUUUCCUCAUCUCAAGAAAUGACUUGAAGCUGCAAAACAACUUUAUGAUGUGUUGAAACAUGGUCUCAAUUCUAUCAAUGUGCUGUUCCGGUAUGGUUACUGAGGAAUGUUCCAAAUUGUUGGUUGUUGGCUUGAAACUAUUUGUGGAGUAUGUUCAUAAUAUCACCUACUUCUUCCAUUGAGUACUGUUUCCACCGUAUAUAUAUUUGUUGUAUGGGUAGUCUGAAUGGCUUUUGUUUUGUAUGUUGUUUCAUUAGUUAAUUACUUACCCAAAGCCCGUUGCCCUUUGCCCUUUGCCUGAACAUGCCGCGCGUGCGCGCACAUGCACACAAAAUAACCCAGGUCAACAGCCAUUUAUUUCCCUAGGAAACUUCCAAUUUUGUGGAGAAAUUGAUUUAGGAUCCUCAAUUCCACACUUGGGAUGCCACGUAUGAUGGGAUAUGAUUACGGUGAACUUUUUGGCUUCCAUGUGCAUUGUACCUGUUAUUCAAGCAUAUUAUAAAUGAAAAAUGUUAUUUGGACAUAUUUGAUAUAAUUUAUUGACUUAAUGGCGUAACUUCAUUAAAAUUAUUGAAUAAAUAUUAAAUUUUAAUGUCUGAUGGAGUCC